GUGCCCUGAUCAGUGGCAAACUUGAUUACCAGUGCCCUUUCCCCUGCCGCUGCCCUUGCCCCUGCACCUGCCCAUGUUGGUAUCAGGCCAAAAGCCAAGGGACAGCUGGCAUCACAGCACUUAAAAACCACGCAAAAAAUGAACAUGCUGAAUACCCAAGAUAUGAAUCAAUUUUAGAAGAGUCAAUUGAUAAAAAAUAUUUGAAGGAACAUAGAAAUUUUAAAUCAAAGCGGUACUCUACAUGCCAUUGUGCGAAGAGGGUGAUGGAAAAGGGUGAUACUCACGCAAAUCUGAAGCGUCACCAAGGAUCAUCCAAUUGCAAAAAACAAAAGAAAAAAUAAGAGUUUAUUAUUAUUAUUGUUAUUGUUAUUAGUUUAUUUAUUGAUGUAGCUUUCUACAGAAACUGUUCUUUUCCCCAAUCAGAUCUAAUUUUUUUCAGGACAUUAAUGUCCUUGAUUGCGUGAGGCAGCUUGUUAAUUAAAACACUGCCUACAUAUUCUGGUUUAUUUUUGCAAAAAUCUCCUUUAUACAGAUUCUCAGGGAUGUCCACCUUCUUUCUGGUUUAUCUGUUAAUAUCAAAAGAAAUUUAUAGUGUUGCAAUUCUGGUGUACCAACAACAAUUACUGGAGAUUCUAAUUUAGAUGUUAUGAAAGACAAGUACGCAAAGUAGAUAAAAAGAAAUGCUGCUCAACUUUGAUAUGGAACUAUACUCUUUAAGAAUGCCAUAAGAUCUUCUGGUUGUUGUAGGGCUUUAUUGCUCAAGGAACAUAUCCGGGAAGAUGGCUAUAAUUAUGUUCUUUGUUUCCUUCCACAGGCCCUCUCCCGCCCCUCAUUUGAGUCGAGUGAGUGAAUCAGAGCAGUCACCAGUCGGCCAGCAUCCAAGGCAGCUGCAGCAGGCAGCGCGAAGGCUGUUUCAGGUUCAGGUCUCGGUCAGGCGGUCGGGGUUCACGACGAGCGGGACGACAUCGAGUUUGACCUCCUCAUAACACGCACGGAAAGGUCAUGGAGCACCUGCCGGAGGACGUGCUGCUGACGGUGAUGCAGUACCUGGACGUGCCGGACCUCCUCGCGUGCCGCCUCGUGUGCAAGAGGAUUGGCGGCCUGGCCCUGCACCCGCACGUGUGGCGGCGGCAACGAGUCUCUGACCACAACCGCUACUUGUUGCCGGUGUUGCGACUCGCGCCCUGCCUGGCAAGUCUUUCGGUUGUGCUCCCGGCGGACCAUCAGCAGCUGUAUUCCAUCACAAGGUGUGCCGUCUCAUCUUUAUCACUGAUAGUGCAGGACGGGAGCGCCGUGUUCGCGGCUCUGGUGAUCGCUAACCAGGAGAUGCUCGGCCGGCUCAGGAACCUUGACGUUCGGUAUUGGGCUGAAGAGACUGUCGCUGAUGCGCCCGCUCUCCUCUGGCCGGUUGCGUUCACCUCCGGGCUGGUUGCGCUUGCAGUCUCAGUUAGUGAUCGGCAUGAGUACGUCAUCUCCACGAACAGCCUGCCAACAGCCAGGCCUAGAUCAUCACUCAGGACAUUUACGUGCAACCUGAGACCAGAUCUGGGUCCCUUCUGUGACUUCGUGUUGGCCUCCCACGCCGACACAUUGGAGGACGUUGAUUUAGAGGGCAAUUGUAACUUCUCCACCUCGGCCCUGACUUCGACGGCCUCACUGCUGGCAGGCAUACCCAACCUACGGGGGCUCUACCACUGCCCGCUUCUUCCCGGACUGGACGCCGUGGCAGCGUGCGAGUCGCUGGAGCUGGUGUCGCUCGGUGUGGGGUGUAGCAGGAUGCGGGAUGCCGUGCCGCAGGCCAAGGAGUUUCUGCGCCGUGCCAAACAGCUGCGCAACGUCACUUUAGAGUACAGAGAGGAGGCCUCUAUUAAUGGCGUCGGCGUCGACCUGGUUCUCGCCCUGGUGUCGUCUGGGCCUUCUCUUGUAGAGUCGUUGACCAUCGAUAUCAACGAAUACUUAUUUUCAACCUUCGAUCUCCAGCCCCAGCUACAACCGGUGAUCAGCGCCCUGCCCUUGAUGCCAGCCCUCCGGGAACUAGAGCUAGACACGGCGUCAGAAGCGCUGCUGCUAGCCAUCACGCCCGCAACGAACCCUGCCUUGCGGACCAUUAAGUUGCACCCGACAGAGUCCAACGCUCCACGUUGUGCCCACGGGUAUCUGCACUGGGAGUCGGUGGAAACGCUACUGUCCAAAAACCCUUCGCUGGACUUAAUAGUGUAUGCAUCCUACUACUGCGAUGAACUAGAUCCUAAUGCUUGCGAGCCGUGCGAACUGGGCUGCCAUGGAGAAGUUUGGGAAAGCGAAUGGUUUGAAGAGUGCGCGUACAUGCUCGAGCACGGCGACGACGGCCAUUGCACUGACUGGAUCACCAUUCCUCGACUAAAUCUGAGCCCAGUCCUAAUCGAUUCAACCGCGACGCCCUAAUUUUGUCUCUGUUGUGUCCUUUUCGUUUAAGACGCCUUUUCACUGCCCAAAGUCGUGUUUGCCAUUUUGACAGACCCCAUGCAAUGGUGACCUUGAAUCGGGCUGCCGCCGACCCCUCGUCAGCGUGAAAUGCGAAUGGGAUUUGUAACAAAUCAUUCGUGAAUUGUUUUGCUCAACAUGCCUAAAUCUUGGCACUGAUCAUAAUAGUGUUCCUCAUCUUUGGCGAGACGUGUUUAAUUUUGUCACCGUUUACAAAUUUGUCUACAAAAUCGCUAUUGUAACUGAACGUUGAAUUGGUACUUUGUCGCAUUAGUGCUGUACUAUUGUAAAAUGUGUGCUGUUGUAUGCGUGUUUUGUGUAUUGUUUAUUGUAUUCAGCCUAC